AUGUGGCCCAUUCACCACUGGAACGAGCGUAUUUGCUCGACUUGUCAGACCGAACGGAAAUACGAAGAUGACUCCGACGAGGAGGAGCCCGAGCUUAUGUGGUAUGGGCUUAAAAAAAUAAUUUCAUGGGGUUAUGGAAGUUCAGCUCGUGAUUUUCUACCUAAAUCAAAUAAAUCCUAAUAAAAUUGGACUUUUUAAUGAGACCAGGUUCAUUAGACACAUUUUUCAAAGCUGAUUCCAAAUCUGAGCUUGAAAAUGGCCAAGGAGGCCCUUAAGGGGUGUUGAGAAUCUUCGGAUUUGGAAAGGAAGGCUCCAAAAACGAUCAAAAAUUUUGUCGUUGUGGUUCGUUGUGAUCGUUGUGGCUAGAUCAAUUCAGUAUGCAAGAAAGCAGCGUUUUUUUUUAAUAAUUCUUGGCCAAAGUUAAUUCGUUUCGAGACCUUUUUAAAAAAAUGCUCUUUUAAAGUUUAACAAGUUUUUUUUCGGGCUUAUUAGUCUAUUUUAAAACUGAAAAUGUUCUCUUUUGCGUUCUAAGGAUAAUGUUCUAACGAUUUCGAGCCUUUUUUUAAAAUUUUUUAUCCAAAGAUCAGUUCGUUUCGAGACCUUUCUGAAAUUUGUCCAUGCUCCUUUAAAGUUUGAAUUUUUUUUUUGGGUAGAUUGGGCUUUAUCAAUAGUUACAAUGUCUAUUUUGCUAUUCGAAAAUUAUUUUUUAACGAUUUCUAGCCUUAUCCUAUAUUUUUUUCGUCAGAAAAAAAGUUAGUUCCUUGCGAGACCUUUUUUUGAACUUACACUAUGCUCCUUUAAAAAUAUAAUUUUUUUUCGGACAGUUUAUGGUAUAUAAAGAUAAAAAAAAUGCUCUCUUUUUCAUUCUGAGGAUCAUAUUUUAACAGGCUUGAGGUUUUCCUUUGAUUCUGCGUCGAAAAUUAGUUCGUUUCAAGACCUUUUUGAAAUUUUUCCAUGCUCCUUUAAAGUUUAACAAUACAUUUUCGGCCAGAUAGGCCAUAUUAAAAUUGAAAAUGUCCCCUUUUCCAUUUUUGAGGAUUAUUUUUUACCGGUUUCGAGCUUUUUUUUUGAUUUUUUUUUUAUCCAAAAAUUAGUUCGUUUCAAGACCUUUUUGAAAUUCUACCAUGUCCCUCUAAAAUUUAACUCUUUUUUUCGCGCAGAUUAGGCUAAAUUAAGAUGAAAAAUGUUCUCUUUUGUGUUUUAAGGAUAUUAUUCUACCAGUUUCGAGCAUUUUCUUAGUUUUUUCGUUAAAAAAAGUUAGUUCGUUUCGAGAACUUUUUGUUAAUUUUCUAUGCUCCUUUAAAAUUUGACAUUUUUUUCGGACAGGUUACGCUAUAUCAAGAUAAAAAUGUUUUAUUUGCCAAUUCGAAAAUCAUUUUUUUAAACGAUUUCGAGCCUUUUCUUCCAUUUUUUUCAUCCGAAAAUUGGUUCGUUUCAAGACCUUUUUGAAACUUUUCCAUGUCCCUUUGAAAUUUUAACAUUUUUUGGGCCGAUUUUAGAGUAAAAACUUUUUAUUUUUCACUUUUCAUGAGUCAGAAUUUUUUCAAAAGCCUAUAACUUUUUUCUAAGACCUCCUAGGCGAUUUUCAAAUACAUUUUCGGAACCAGCGUCAAAAACUUGAUCUAGUAAAGUUGGUCUCAUACAGAAGUCCCAUUGUAAUUUGAGACAAGUCCUUGAUUUCUUACAUUUUUGAAAGUUGAGCUGAGUUUUCAUUAGCCCAAGUUGGCACUUCAGUGACUCCCGCGGAAGCGGUCGAGAUCCUGGUGCAAACCUCGUUCUUUUUGAACGGGAACGAGUCUAUAAUUACAACUUUCUAAUGAAACAUUCAGUGGUUAAUUCAUUUUUCCCAAACAUUUCAAAGACUUCGAGGCGGUAGCAGCUGGACUUGGUGUCGAAAUUGGAAGAUGACGAUGGAAAAUUGAUCAACUACACGCUCUGAAACUUGCGGAAUCUUCACUUCUUUCAUCACAUCUACCGCGUCAAUAAAUUCUUGAUCAACGACGACAAGAACAUCUUUCAGCAGAAGUUGAACACGCACAGGAAAACGACACGAUCAAGAUCUCUUGAUCAUCUACAACCUCAGGGUUCUGAUCCGACUAGAAGAUCGCGAAAAUUUCAAUCAUUCCAUCACUUCUACCGCGUCAAUAAAUAUUUGAUCAACGACGGCAAGAAUAAUCUUCAGCAGAAGUUGCACUCCGCGCAGAAAAACGACACUGUUUAAAAAAAAAAACUGUUUAUUGCAUCUUCAAUGUAAGAGUACAUGUGCAAUCGACUUUCAUUGAUUUGACUGUGUUUAAACGGCGGCAGGAGCUGUGGCUUAGGCAGAGAAGUUGUGAAUUUCGCUCGUAGAACAUCAGGUACAAGAGAGGUCGUAGGAAGAAGUACGGUGCCGGCUUUCCAAAGGCCGAUGGCAGAGAAUGAGCCUUUUCGCUGCAUGCAGCUCCCAAUUUUAUCUACCCCGGAGGGAUGAAAGGCUUGGUAGACCUCGGGGGGACUCGAACCUACGACCUUGCGGACGUUAGAAAUGAGUUAUGCCAGCUGAGCUAUGCCGCCCCCCAAAAAACGACACACAUGAUCUCAAUUUGAUCAACUACAACCUCGGUCCCAGGCUCGCCAAAAGCUUUUUUACUCCCAAUGAAUCACCAGAAAAAUUCAAAAUUCAAAGAUGGCCAGCUCAGAAUGUUCAUCAUCUACAUGCGCUUUUUGUAUAUCAAUAAACCAUCAUUUUAUCACAUAAACAACAACAUUGAUCAACUACAACCUCGAUCUCAAACUCGCCAAAAGCUUAGGCUUUUUCAAUCAAACGCAUCAAUCACUCAAACAAGAAAAAAACAAUCACAAGUUUGAGGCAGAAAUUUGAUCAACUACAGGCUCAAAUUUUGUCAGACUCUAGCAAAAAUUAUCUUCUUCACCUCUCAUUUUAUCACACAAACAACAAAAUCUAUCAAGCUCUCGAUUUGAUCAACUACAACCUCGACCUCAGAUUCGCCAAAAGCCUAGUCGCAUCAAUCACGCGAAAUCGAAUCAUUCACAUUCUGACUCGACUCGAGUUUUGAAAAAAGAAAGCUUCUCUCGAAGCCUUCACAUCUUCAAUCAUCUCAGGCAGUAGUACCUGAACUUCUUGCAAAAUUUCAAAAACAGAAGGUAUCCUUGAUCAACCACAACCUCGAUGUCAAGUUCGCCAAAAUCUUUGUUUCUUCUCAAUCACGCAAAAAUCAACAAAUCGGCCCGGAAAUCCCAACAACUACAUGCUUAAUCUCGAAAUAACGUCUAGCGAAAAGAUCACCAAAAUUGAUCAACUACAACCUCGACCUCAAAGUCGCCAAAAACCACGCUUCAUAAACUUCAACCUCGAAUCUAAGCCGCUGAAUUCGCCCUCUCGCCUUUCAAAAAACCAGCGCUUUAUCACAAAACCAACACCAUCGAUCAAGCCCUCAACUUGAUCAACUACAACCUCGACCUCAAAGUCGCCAAAAACCGCGCUUGAUAAACUCCAACCUCGAAUCCAAAACUGGCGAAUUCACCCUCUAGGCUUUUCAAAAAACCAGCGCUUUAUCAAAAAACCAACACGAUCGAUCAAGUCCUCAACUUGAUCAACUACAACCUCGACCCCAAACACGCCAAUCAAUCGCAUCAAUCACGCAAAAAAGGCAAAAAUCAACCACUCGAGGCAGAAGUUUUCACAAGUACAGGCUUGAUCUCGAAUUUCGUAGGGGUCUAGCGGAAAAAAUCACCAUCUCGCCUUUCAGGAACUGUCUUUUAUUCACACAAAACACAACAUCGAUCAAGCCCUCAACUUGAUCAACUACAACCUCGACCCCGAAUUCGCCAAAAACCACGUUGAGGAAUCGCAUAAAUCACGCAAAAAGGCAAAAUCAACCGCUCGAGGCAGAAGUCUCAACAACUACAGGGCUUGAUCGCGAAUUUUGCAACAUUCAAGCAAAAAUAUCGCUUCAAUGAUCACCUAUCACUAAACCCACUCAAUGAUCACAUAUCACUCAACCAAGAACACCAAGAAAUCCAUAAUCACUCAAUCAACGAUAUCCCUCAAAAGGGAGGUCAUUUUACCGGAAAUGUUGGGAGUUUUCAAUACACUUUUUACGAGCGAACUGAUCUUGAAGGACCUUUAUAGAAAAUUUAGAAUCUUCCAAACUUUUUGGUAAAAUCACCUUCCAGCAAGAACGACGAACCCUCUGCACUCCGAUCUGAAGAUUCAUAAGAAAGGUUUGCGAAUUUUUUCUUCAAGUGAGCCCUAAAGAGGCGUCAAGGGCACUUGAGGGAUAAACUGGAUAUUUGAAUAAGGGGUCAUUUUAGUGGUUUUAGGCGUCCGAGAAUUAAAUUAAAUGAUAAAAAUCGGAAAUUAAUCAUUUCUUCAUCAGGUGAGGGAUCAUUUUAGUGAUAUGAUCGAAAAGAACCAGUUCCUCGUCGAUUUAGGGGUCCUUUUAGGGAUAUUAGGGGUCCUAAAACGAACUUGAAAGAGGCUGAAGGGAAUUAUGAUUGAAAAGAAUCAGUCCUCGUCGAUUUAGGGAUCAUUUUAGGGAUUUAGGGGUCCUAUUUCCGAUUCAAAACACAGUAAAAACAUAAAAAUUAACAUCUGAUCGAAAAUAAUCACUUUAUCUGGUUUCAGGGACCAUUUUAGUGAUUUUAGGCGUCCCAUUACGGAUUCAAUACACAGUAAACAAUAAAAAACCAACAUCUAAUCGAAAAUAAUCAAUUCACCUUCGAAUAGGGGUCAUUUUAGUGAUUCUAGGCGCGAUGUCCGACAAGAGAAACCGAGCCUCCCCGAAUGGAUUUUCGACGUCGAACCUUCGACUUCCCCCCUAGUUGAGCAAGUUUUCGGGAACGACCUGAUCUUGGAGAACAUCAUGAGCCACAUUGAGGAAACCAAUGUAGUUUUCCGCGAAAAUUAGGAUAAUUAUCAGAGGUUUCUAGAACCGUUUGAGCAUGGACUACGUCUGCCGGAGAUGGUACGAUUUGAACCACAGGGCCAAGUGGAUCCUGGACGAGGAGCGGAACAAGCUCGAAGUCGUCUUUGCGGUGGGUUCUUGAAGGGUGAAAAUUGAGUAGACGGGGGGGGCGGGGUUUGUGAUCCUGAACGGGCUUUUGGGAAGACGAAACUUGAAAAAAAUCAUGUUUUUUUAAGCAUUUUUGCUCAAAAUUGGGGCGAUAUUUGAGAAAAAGAACACGGAAAUAAGAGAUUUUGUGAGUUUUUAGUGAGGCCUGGACUGUUGGGAAGAUGAAAAACGAAAAAAGUAACAUUUUUUGCCCUAUUUUGCUCAAAAAUUAGGUAGAAAUGAGUAGAAAUACACGAAAAUGAGAGAUUUUUUGUGACCCUGGACUGUUAGGAAGACAAAAGACAGAACAAUUUACUAUUUUUAGGCAUUUUUUGCUCAAUAUUUGAAGAAAAUGAGAGUAUAAAUACAAGAAAAUGGGGAUUUUUGUGAGUUUUUUGGGAGGCCUGGACUGUUUUUAGUUUUUAGGGAGGCCUGAACUUUUUUAGUCAUAUUUUGCACGAAAAUUAGGAGAAAAUGAGAGGUUUUUGUGAUUUUCUAGGAAGCUUGGACUGUUGGGAAGAUAAAAAAACAGAAAAAAAUUACUUUUUUUAGGCAUUUUUUUGCUCAAAAUUGGGGCGAAGCUUGAGAAAAAAAUACACGGAAAUAAGAGAUUUUUUUGUGAUUUUCUAGGAAGCCUGGACUGUUGGGGUGAUGAAAGACAGAUAAAACUGCUUUUUAAAUCAUAUUUCCAUCGAAAAAUAUGAAGGAAAUUAAAAAAAUACACGAAAAAGGGGAAGAAAAAUAGAUUUUUGGGAAGCCUGGACUGUUCGAAAGUAAUUUGAAGAAGGAAAAAUGUCUCACAUCAGAUGAUUUUUCGAGAACUGUUUUAAAAAUUUGAAAAAUUACUUUUUUUAGCCAACUAUCGCUUGAAAUUUUUUUCUCUGGGUGUUGGACUCUAUGAACUUUCCAAAACGUUUUUUUAAUUUUUUUCUGUUUCCGCAGGCUGCAAAAAAUGUAUCGUGUUAAUGGAAAAAAAUAACUAAUUUAGUGUCUGAUUACUGAGGAUAUUUUUUUCUUGGUGUAGAAAAAAAUAUGCGUUGAAUUCCACCUUUUCCGGAAUUUUGAGCUUUUGAGGGCCGAAAAAUCGCGGAAUAUUCAAGAAAAUAUUCUUGAAAGGGUGAGAGAAAUAGUGUGUUAAAAAAGAGAACCAGACGUUGUUAGGCAUUUCUAUAAAUCUUUCCAAGACCUUUUUUUCUAAAUUUUAAUGAAUUUAUGAAAAUUUAGCCGUCAAUAAAUUAUUUAUUCUCUUUUUCAGUAUUAUGAACCCUUGAUAACGGUGUUUAUGGCCGACGUCUCUUCGAGAAAAAUGAAUUGCUGCGUCUCGGAUUAUCGAAUGGAACCUCCGGUUACGGUAGGAUACUGUAGGAAUUUGAAAGAUUAAAAAAAAAUCAAUUUUCAGGCCGCCGGACGUCACAGCCAGCCACGGGAAUUGAGUUAG